AUGUCGACACCUAUUGAUCGUGAAAAGGAAUGCCCUUUUUUGCUGAGAGUAUUCACUAAGCAAGGAGCUCACCACAGACUGAAUGAAUUUACAGUUGACAAUACACCUUCUUCAGACGAAUUACAACUUUAUACAUGGAGAAACGCAACACUAGAUGAAAUUGCACAAUUGAUCCAGCAGGUGAUUCCUGAAGCUCAACAUCACGACGCGCGCAUCUCUUUCCGCCUCGUCUACCUUGAUAGUGCCCGCGCUACUUUUCUCUAUCGGGACCUUGGAAGAAUUUUGACUUCCAAACCAUCGCCUGACCAGGCAAAAACUCUUGAGGAUUGUAACUUUGUUAUUGGUGAUUACCUUGAUGUGGCGAUAUUUAUUGGACCACCCCCUGCUAGACAGGAUGCUCGAGCUGGAAGAGAGGGUAGAUUCAACCGUAAUCCACGCUUUGGUGGACCUAGAGGAAAUGAUCGUGAGCCACGAGAACAGAGAUUUGGAAGAGACAACAGAGAUGCUAGAGACAGUCGGCCAGCCUUUGGUAAUAACAGACGAGGCGAUCGUUUCUAA